AUGGCCGCCUGUGGGUUGUUCUUCGGACUAAUUGCUUGGGGUGGGUGGAUCGGAGGUUUCUUCUUUGUGUUCGCGUGUGGCGGUGUGUUGUUGGGGGUUGGUAUCUCGAAACGCGAUUCUCGCUACUAUGCCCCUUCCAUACUGUUGCUUGGGCUGGCGGCGUUUUUUCUCGCGGGCGGUCUCCCCGUUGCGUACGGCGAUGGAAGCUCAACACUGGCUAUCCGGGUGAAGAUUGUCGACACGCAGGGUAAUCCAAUUAAGGCGGCCGACGUUUGUCUGCGUGAGGUUAACCUGAUUUCGUUACCGCGUGGAAUUCCGCUCGAUUCCAACUCGAUGCCAAACGCCAAUACUCCCGGCUUGUAUGCGACCAGUGAUGCCGUUGGCGGUGCGAGGUUUACGUAUAGCUUCCAAUACACGUUUCGUAGGAGUUGGUUCGUCGAUAAGAGCCAACUUUACAUCCGCGAAGACUUGUGGAUUCAAAUCGAUGCCCCGGGAUAUAAACGCACCUCGUUUCGUUUGGAGCCAGUGCUCGGCAGGAUAUAUGAUUGGCAAGAGCUUCCGUUGCCUACGAUCAAGGUGAAGCUUGAGCCUGUUGCCUCGUGCACAGCGCCGCACGAAGAAGGGGACUACGGAAUAGUCUGGAUGUUCUCGAGAAUCGUUGGUGCGUCUUCGCUACGCUCGACAGCACCCUACCUUUUAUUCAAAGCGUUGUUUUGUGGACUUGGCAUUAUGACUUGUUGGCGGUUGUGGGUUUCUGCGGUUGUUUCACUUGGCCUGUUCCUGGGUGUGGGGUUGUCGGUGGAUGGGCAGCCUGCCCUUGCGGGUGAGGUGGACGCUUCACUCGCUGAGCAAUUACUCGCGCCCACGGAUGAGCAGCAGGCAUUGCUUGAAGCGGCGGAAGCGGCGGGGGUCUUGGAGAUUGCUCCGGUGAAUCUGCCGGUUGAUCCGCCGGGAGAUUGCAAUCACUUUGGGUGGCCGAUUGCGACGAUGGCGGGUGAUGCGAUCGUGGUGAUGCAUCGCCGCAUCCCGGGGCACAAUCCGAAGGGAGCCGGUCGUCCGCACGAGAAGAUGUCGUAUGGCAUUGUGCUGCGGAGUGAUGAUGCUGGGCAAACCUGGUCACAGCCGUACGACUUGCGGGACGCGAUGUCGCCUGAGGAUCGCUUGCGGGGCGGGAUCGUCCCGCUGUCGCAUCGGUUCAAGUUCGAGAAGGACAACAAGUCGACCGAGGGUUACAAGGUCCACCUGCACGCCAUCGGCACCACUCGCGAUGGUGCUGUCGUGGCGAUCAACAAUCACGGCGUAUUUCGUUCGGAUGACCAUGGCCGCACGUGGUCACACUUUUCUGGUGCCCUCCGCGACGAUACCUUCCCGCACCCGAUUGUGAACAUUGGUCCGAAGGUGCUCGAUCAUCCCCGGCUCGGGCUGACCGUGUUCGGCAACUGGUUCGGUACGGCGGCCGGCCCGAAGAAAAGCGAUCAGCUUGUUGUGCUGCAAUCUCCCGACGGCGGUGCCCACUGGGAAGUCGAGACGUACGACGCGGGCUUCGAACAAUACGAGCCAGCCGCACUGCUGUGGGAGGAUGAGUUCCUGUUGAUCACCCGCGAUCAAACCACCGGCAACGAACACCGGCAGAUCACGUGGAAGCCGGGCAGUGAACCCGAGGUCACUUCAACCAACUUGCAGAACCCGCGGCUGAUCGACACGGUCGACUUUUCGUUCAACCCGGUGAGCGAGCGGUUCGAGAUGGUUCGCUCUGAGCGGCACCAUAUGGAACUGUGGCUGUGGAGUAUCGACCCGGCCGAUUGGCCCGCGGGCAAGUGGAAACGGGAGUGUCGCCUGCUGGCCAGGAAGGGCAAGUUCUACUCCACGGCCGACGGUUUUCAUCCGGCCUCGGCGGUCGUGGAUCGGGACCGCGGAGUUCAACACAUCUUUAUUUACAGCGGUCACCCCAACGGCCCUGCCGGUGUGUUCCGCAUCACACGCACGCUCGACACGCCCAAGUUGGUGGAGGUGCUGAAUCAGCAAAUUGCACCGUCAAACUAG